GUGAAAUUGCUGUUAAAAAUGUUUCUGUUUGUUAUAUAACAAUUUGAGGUUUUUCAUGACUAUAUAAUGGUAUGUUUUUUCUUGGAACAUGUACAUGUAAUUAAAUGUAGGAGAGAAAAAGAGGCAAGACGAAAACAGAUGCUGAAAAGAGAAUACCUUUGAUGAUAUAUAAAGUAUAUGUUUUUUUCGAUCGACGAUAGUGACUUCCGUUGUGAUGCGAGGGUUGAGUGGCCGUAAUAUUAGAGAACAUUGUGUAAUUCCAUAUAAUAAUGAAUGAGAUCGAGGAAAAGUAUAAAAUACUGGAAAUCUCGUACUGCGAUUUCAGUAUAAAGUACGGCCAGCAGUUGAAUUGAAUGUGGGAAUCAUAUAAAUGCAAUUGAGAAUCUUAGACUUUUAGAUUGUUAGUUGUACUGCAAUAGUUGCAAAGAUGUAUAUGAAGAUCUUUCCAUUGCACGAGCUCUUGCACGUCCUGGCCUGGUUGGAGGGCACAUGGAUAACGGAUGAGCCCGCGGUGGGCACGUACCCGACCAUCAAGCCCUUCAAUUAUUUCGACGAAAUAAAUAUUACAUCUAUAGGCCAGCCGUUGUUCAAUUACAUCGCGCAGAGUUGGCAUCCAGAAACCGGUAUGCCGAUGCAUCGAGAGACUGGCUUCCUGCAAAUCUUACCGGAUACCAAAAAGAUCGCCCUCAGCCUGAUUAAUAAUAUAGGAAUGUUCACGGUCGAACAAGGUGAUCUGACAGAUGAUAAUAACACUAUCAUCGAUUUGAAGAGCACCAAUAUAUUGACGACAGAUGCAUCGAUACCACAUUUCGCGACUGUAACAGAGACGCGUCGAGUAUUUACACGCAAUGGCGACAAUUUGGAGUUCAUCUUCUACAUGGCGACGUCGAAGACACCCGAGUUGACGGAACAUUUGCGCGCGAAGUAUAGGAAAGUGACAUAAAGAUUCAUGAAAGGAAUAUCUAUAUUGCAAAAAUGUGUGUGUGUGUGUGUAAGGACACGAAGGAAGAACUUCUAUCCAAAUCCAGGAAUUAAAACCAUUUUCUCCUUCUUUGUAAUAAUUUAAAUAAGAAGCGGACAAAAUUCUCAAGGAACAUGAAACGUAGAUGUAGUUCAUUGAUGUAGCUAAAAUAAAUAGUGACGCAGAUUUAAUUUAUUAA